GUGUGUUGUCAUAACGACAGUCAAGAUGGCAGCGAUGGCGGCUGGGGACGAGCAUGCUGCUUCUGAGGUUUUGAGAGGCCUCGCUCGACAUUUAAACUGCCUAAACGAAGACAACAAGGCGACGAGAAAGAGGGCUUUAGAGCUUAUAAAGAGGGAAACUGUGGAUAAAGGACUCUGCAGCAGCGUCUUACAGGAGGUCUUCUCUGCCCUCCUCAAGCCUCUCCUCAAAUGUCUGUCAGACCCGAUGGAGAGAUGUAGAGAGACUGCGAUAACGACAGUAACUGAAUUCAUUCGUUGUGUGCCCAGACCGGAGGAGUCUCUGCCUUAUCUCAUACCGUGUCUGGCUCAGAGGCUCGGUGAAAAGGAGAUCCUGGAGCCCGCCGAGGAGCUCCGCCUGUCCGCCGUGGAGUUACUCACUCUGACGGUGGAGGUGUGCGGGAAGCAUUUAGCUCCGUAUCUCAACGACAUGAUCAACAUCCUGCAGAGAACCAUCGUCGACCCUUUCCCCGAUGUCAAAAGAGAGAGUUGCAAAUGUACCAUGAGCCUCGCGAAGUCUUUACCAGAGCACUUUCACAUGCAGGCUGAGAGUCUGGUCAAGCCUCUCAUGCAGACGAUUGCUCAUCAGCACUCCCGGGUACGAGUGUCUGUCAUCGAAGCCACCGGGGCUGUCAUUCAGCAUGGUACUGGGAAAAACGUGGAUGAUGUACUCUCACACCUGGCACAAAGACUGUUUGACGACUCCCCACAGGUGAGAAAAGCUGUGACUGUAAUUGUUGGGGAUUGGCUACUUCACAUGAGAGACAGAUACUCUUAUUUCCACAAACUCAUCCCACUCCUGCUGAGCAGCAUCACUGAUGAGAUUCCAGAAAUAAGACUUCUUGCAGCUGAUUUGUGGAAACAUGUAGGCGCCCAGUGGGAGAAGGAGAAUGAGGAGGACAUCAAGGACAAAAUGGAUUUUCUCCUCACCCCACCUUCCUUUUACCCACAAGGAGUGGAGCGUCCAGGGCUGGGUUGUAGAGAGCUCGUGGUGAGAAACCUUGGCAGACUGGUGCCGGCCAUUUCCCACGACGUGACCGACUGGCUGGUGCCCACACGGGUCAGGACCUCUCAGCUGCUGGCUGUGCUGCUGCUCCACGCCGAAGACCACAGCACUCAGCAUCUGCAGCCUCUUCUCGCCACCUUCUACCGGGCCUGCACAGACACAGAGGGGGACGUGGUCACCAAUAGCCUGUCAGCUGCAAAGCUCUUGGGGACCUUUGUUCCUCCUGACGUCUUCCUCAAGCUAAUGUUGGAUCAUGUAACAACGCCCUGCUCUUCUUCUCACCCCUGGGCCCCACUCAUGGUGCUGGUUGCCGUGCUCGGAGGCUGCCCCAGACCCCUCCUUAAACCGCACCUUGAACAGAUCACAAACACGCUUGCCCAGCCUGACGUCUGCCAGGAAUAUCAACAGGUUAUGUACUUGGAGCAGUUGUUGGCCUGUGUGGAUGUGCUGCUUCGUCAGUGUGAGUCAGACUGUGGCCCUGUCAGCCUGCAGCUGCUGCAGGUGCUGGUAACUGUCCAGAGUCUCUCCACGGAGCCACAUGUCAGCGAAAAGGCCAUGGAGAGCGUACACUUGUUGUGUAAGGUGCAGGGCCUGCACUCAGUGAUGGAGCUCUUUAGACAACAUAUGGGCCAUCUGCUGGACUGGCUGUCUGCCUCAGUCAACACCUGGUCCAGUUACUCCCCGCAGAGACUCCAACUGCAUGUCAUAGUCACACAAUCAGGUCCGGUGAUCGGGGAGUUUUUGGGCCAGUUGAUGCCUCUGCUUCGCAGCUGUCUUCAACCAGACAGAGACACAGAGAUGAGGAUGAGCAUCUUCACAAUGCUGGCUAAGUUGCUUCUGGAUGCAGCCAACACAUUGGAUUCACAGGGUCAUUUUCGCGGUGAGUCAGAGAGGUUUUUAUGUGACAUCCUGCUUCCUAACCUGGUGUGGCAAGCGGGACGUACUGCUGCUGCCGUCCGCACUUCUGCCCUCAGCUGCCUGCUGGCCUUGCUGCAUGGAGGGGCCAUCACGCCUGGACAGCUGCUGUGUCUGGAGGAAAAGCUGCUUCCCCUGGUGUUGUCGGCUCUAGAUGAAGACUCUCAGAUGGGCAGACUGUUUGCUUGUCGUUCUCUGUCCACCAUACUCAAACUUGCAGGAACCAGUAUGCACCCUGAGGCCCUCAACAAAAUCUACCCCGAGCUGGUGAAGCGUCUGGAUGACAGCAGUGAGGAGGUGCGCAGCGGGGCUCUUCAGGCCCUGGGGCUGUGGUUGUCCAGCCUGACCAAAGACUACAACUGUGACUUUUACACUGCUCAUCUGCAGCUCCUCUUCCAGCAGCUCCUCCUGCACCUGGAUGACCCUGACGACUCGGUGCAGGACAACGUGCUCGAGAUCCUGAAGAAGGGCAGCACAGUCCACCCUGCGCUCCUGAAGAGGGAGGUGGAGGCGGUUAGGGACAAACAGCGGAGUUCUGAAUACUGCAACCAGCUGCUUCAGCACAUCAGCUCACUGCUCACAGAAACUUCAGCAGAGUGAACUGAGUGACAUAAAACACCUAAAAUAGAAAAAAUGUGCCUUCAUUUAAAAAACAUUUCCUCCCAAAUGUAACAACAGGCAUUGGUGAUAUACAAAUAUGAUGUUCAUUUUAUAGACGUGUUCUUCCUUAAACUCCACUGUAACUACAUUUCAGUGGAGUUUUGACUGUGUGAACUUUUAAUAUGCUUUUCAAUUCAAUGCAUUUUGCUUAACUUUUGUUACACUUUUGUUCUGCAUCUGUUCCCUUUAUUGCAUUCCUUUGGUUCUGAUGUUUGGCAUGAAGAGACACUGUUUAGUUGUGUUAGAAUGUUUUUGUUCUAUCCUAAGAUGUCUUUGUGCAUACCUGCACCCAGUCUCUCAGCACCCCUGCCUCCAGAUGCUGCUGAGCAUGGGAGAAGCCUGGUGAUGUGAUUCUUUCGUU